AUGACUGAGGCUCCCAAGAAGACGGGGAAGAAAUUCAAGUUCUUCAAGUUUAAGGCCUUCGGAAGCCUGUCUAACCUUCCCCGGACGUUUACCCUCCGUCGUUCCUCGGCACCGGUUAAUAACCAGCCCCGCCUGCAGCCAGAUGCCUUUGAGAACACACAAGAUGACAUGGGCACUGUACCCAAGAGCCCCGGGGCGUAUGCCCGGUCCAGUGACAUGUACAGCCACAUGGGUACCAUGCCUCGGCCCGGCUUUAAGAAAAGCAACAGUCGGCGGCAGGAACGGCAGCCUCCCAAGGAGGAGGGCUCCUCUGCUCCUAGUCCGAUGUCCCGGGAGCUGCCCGAAGUCCCAGCUCCCAGCCCCUUCCUGGAGUACCGGGAGUUGCCUGACAUCCCAGCCCCAGCCUCCCCAGCAGAGGAGGAAGCAGGUACUACCGAGGGAAAGGUUGCCCUCUGUCCCCCAGGGCUCUUGGAGGGCUCCCCAGGAACACAGCACAUGGGCACCGGAUCCAAGGCUGGACAGCCAGUAGGAGAAGCUCCCCAAGAGAAAGCCCUUGUGGAUAUUCCAUUGGAAAGUGUCCUUAGUGGUCUGGAGUCAGGAGGGGACUAUGUGAAGUUCUCAAAGGAGAAGUACAUAUUGGACUCUUCCCCAGAGAAACUUCACAAGGAACUGGAGGAGGAGCUCAAACUGAGUAGCACUGACCUCCGAAGCCACGCCUGGUACCAUGGCCGCAUUCCCCGAGAGGUCUCAGAGAGCCUGGUUCAACGGAAUGGUGACUUCCUCAUCCGCGACUCACUAACUAGCCUCGGUGACUACGUCCUCACCUGUCGCUGGCACAACCAGCCCCUGCACUUCAAGGUCAACAAGGUUAUGGUGAAGGCCAGUGAGAACUAUACCCAUAUCCAAUACCUCUUUGAACAAGAGAGCUUUGACCAUGUGCCUGCCCUGGUCCGCUAUUAUGUGGGAAGCCGCAAGGCUGUGUCUGAGCAGAGUGGAGCCAUUAUUUACUGUCCCAUCAACCGCACCUUCCCCCUGCGUUACCUGGAGGCCAGCUAUGGGCUUGGUCAUGGCAAGUCUGGGGGCCCCGCCAGCCCCUCCAGUCAGAAGGGAGGCCACAUGAAGAGGAGGAGUGUCACCAUGACCGACGGACUGACAGCAGACAAGAUAACCAGGGGCGAGGGCUGCCCCACCAGUGUGUCUCUUCCCCCUCACCGGGAUGCCAUCCGCAACUGUGCCCUCAGCAUGGACCAGAUCCCAGACCUGCACUCCCCCAUGUCUCCCAUCUCUGAGAGCCCUGGAUCACCAGCCUAUAGCACUGUGACCCGUGUAAAUGUUCCAGGCAUUCCAUCCUCUGGCAUGACGCCUGCUUCCCCUGUCAUCCGCCGUUCCAGCGAGCCCCAGCUGUGCCCAGGAAAUGGCACCAAACCACCUAAUGAGCCAAGCAACAGCGUCCACCCCACCCCUUGUCAUAGCUACCGCCAGGCCUCCCCAUCCCCAUCCCUCAACAGCUACAGCGACCCGGACUCUGGCCACUACUGCCAGCUUCAGCCACCCGUAAAGGGCAGUCGAGAACGUGUGGCACCUGAACCCCCAACCCGACUUGGUGGGGUCAAGAGCUACGUAGAACGGCUGAAGGUGGAAGAAGGACAGCACUUAAUGGGUGGGCGGGCAGCGGAGAAUGGACCCCAUGAAGGGGACCAGGGCGGAGGCUUCGUACCGCCCGUCAUAGAAGUGACUUCUUCCUUCAACCCCACCACCUUCCAGUCAAUAUUGAUUCCCAAGGACAACAAACCCUUGGAGAUGAGCAUCCUUAAGAAAGUGAAAGAGCUGCUUGCUGAUGUGGAUGCCAAGACGUUAGCCCGGCAUGUCACCAAAGUCGACUGUCUGGUUGCUAGGAUACUGGGCGUUACCAAGGAGAUGCAAGGGCUCAUGGGAGUCCGCUCGGGCAUGGAGCUGCUAACACUCCCCCAUGGUCGGCAGCUCCGACUGGACCUGCUGGAACGGUUCCACACCAUGUCCAUCAUGCUGGCUGUGGACAUCCUGGGCUGCACAGGCUCUACAGAGGAGCGGGCGGCCCUGCUGCACAAGACCAUCCAGCUGGCGGCAGAGCUCCGAGGAACUAUGGGCAACAUGUUCAGCUUUGCUGCGGUCAUGAGUGCCUUGGACAUGGCCCAGAUCUCACGACUAGAGCAGACCUGGAUGACUCUGCGGCAGCGGCACACAGAAGGGGCCAUCCUGUAUGAGAAGAAGUUGAAACCGUUCCUGAAAAGCCUCAAUGAGGGCAAAGACAGCCCCCCACUGAGUAACACAACCUUCCCUCAUGUGCUACCCCUCAUCACCCUUCUGGAGUGUGACACUGCUCCCGCAGAGGGCCCGGAGCCCUGGGAAAGCACAGAGCAUGGCGUGGAAGUCGUCCUUGCACACCUGGAGGCUGCCCGCACCGUAGCCCAUCAUGGGGGCCUGUACCACACCAAUGCUGAGGUCAAGCUUCAAGGAUUCCAAGCCCUCCCAGAGCUCCUGGAAGUGUUCAGCACAGAAUUCCAGAUGCGCCUUCUCUGGGGCAGCCAGGGGGCAGCCAGCAGCCAGGCCCUUCGCUAUGAGAAGUUUGACAAGGUCCUCACUGCCCUCUCCCACAAACUAGAGCCCGCCAUCCGUUCCAGUGAGCUGUAGCCUUCCUGUGCUCUCCAUCACCCCAAUACUCCCCACCCUCAUGGCUGCAGGCAGCAUUUGGGGAAGGAGAAAAGGGGAGAGACAGAUAUCCCCUGCAGGCCUGGGGCUGAACACAAACCAAAACCCUUGCAAUACAGAAAGCAGCCAGACUGUCCAAAUACACACUGGAGGCGUUCAUCGGAGGGCCAUGGGGUUGUUAGAGCCUUUGGGACUUGGAAAGGGCCAUGUAGUGCCCAGGACAGUCCCCCACUUCAGCCCUUAUUCCCUCCCUAGUACCCCUGACCGACACUGUUCAAGGAAUACCUCCUAAGCCUCUCCUCUGGUGUCUUCCCCAGCUUCCCUGAGCACCUGUGAUGGUCCUCGACAUUGCUCCCAACCUACCCCUCUAUCUUUCCCCUUACGCGUUUAGUGGACCUCCUGAGAAGAAGGCCCCAGAGCCCCUCCCCCUCACUCCUUCCCUUACUUCUCCUUCAAUUCUUCCCUACUCCCUGGUCCCCUAUACUCCAAUUGGAGUCCCUUUUAUUCCUGAUUCUGGGUCUCCGUUUCCCUCCCUCUCUUCUUCCUCUCCCAGGAAGAGACUCAAUUUUGCUGUAAAUAAGUCCAGUUCAUUCUGUAAAUAGAUGUACAGAUGUUGUGUUCUUUCUUUCAUACAAUAAACCUUUCUGGAUCUUU